AUGGUACUGACCAGCCAUGUCUCAGAGAAACACAGAAUCAAUUUGGUGAAGAAGCCCAGUGUGGAGUUCCUGGGUUGCCGUGGUUACACGGGGUCUGCGGUUCUGAGGCUGGAUGGACCCCAGAAGCUCUGUCAGCCAUUCGUCAACCCGUUUGAAGGCGGACAAAACCUCACAGACUCUUACAGACACCUUUUAAGUAUGCACGGGACAUUCAUGGUGAUGCUUCCUCUCAGCAUGAUCAUCAUGGUUGUUGGGGGACUGAUGGGGUUCAUCGGCCUGCUGGCCAGAGCUUACCUACUACUGCUGAUGUCUGGUGUACUGUUACUACUGGGAGCUCUGUCCUCACUAACAGGGGUGAGUGUGUACAUGGCCUACUCUUCUGCAGUCUUCCAGGAGGCUCUGUGUCUGGCUGAGCAGAUGGGGGUCAAUAUGAAGGGGGUCCAGAUCCUGUAUGGCUGGUCCCUGGUCCUGGCCUGGAUCUCUAGUGGAACACUGCUCUUCACCUCCGCUGGCUUCCUGCUGGCCUGCAGAACCAUCACUACACAGAGACAGGAACUGAAAUUAUGAG